AUGAUUGCUUUGUUGGUGAUCCUUCUCACUGUUGGGUACAUCCUGGUCCUGGGGUUCAGCUUGUGGAUUCUCAUAGAAUAUUGGAUGGUUAUUGAUGUUCCACCUGCAAUCGUCCACACCAUGAAGUUUCGGAUUCUGCACUCCUAUGGCCACCUAAUAUUCAAAUGGGGGUGUAUACUUGAGAAGCUAAGAAUUUGCUCGAUGCCCAGAUUUUGUCAAUUUGCACUACACCUACAGCUAAUAAGGAAAGACCCCAGAGUGGUGGUGACCAACCUGCGAUUUGGGACAAUCAGCGUGAGGCUGUUCCAGCCGAAGGCAGUGUCCUCCUGCCCUCGUCGAGGCGUCAUCUUCUACCAUGGAGGGGCUGCAGUGAUAGGAAGUCUGGAUAUGUACCACAACACGUGCAGUUUCCUGGCCCUGAAGACAGACUCAGUGGUGCUCUCAGUGGGGUACCGCAAGCUUCCUGACUACCACCACCCAGUCUCUUUCAGGGAUUGUCUGAAUGCCACCGUCCACUUCCUGAAGACACUAGAUACCUAUGGGGUGGACCCCUCCCGGGUUGUGGUCUCUGGAGACAGCCUUGGGGCUACCAUUGUGGCAUUCGUCAGCCAGGCCUUGGUGGGCAGAACAGAUAUUCCAAAGCUCCGGGGUCAGAUCUUGGUUUACCCUGCUCUCCAGGGCAUCAAUUUGCAGUUACCAUCACAUCAACAGAACAAAAAUGUCCCAAUUCCCCUCACAGAACUCAUGAUAGUUUUAUGCCGAUAUUUUACAAUUGACCCCUCCUGGAAAGAUGCCUUGUUAAAAGGUGCUUGUGUUCCUGCCCAUAUCUGGGAGAAGUAUAAGAAAUGGCUGAGCGCUGACAAUCUCCCUGAAAGGUUCAGAUACAAGUACCAAGCAGAAUUUCCUGCACCUUUUAAUGAGGCUGCCUACCUGGAAACCAGACAUGCUUUUGAGGUAGAAAAUGCCCCCCUCAUAGCCGAUGACCAGAUUAUUGCUCAGCUUCCAGGGGCUCUCAUAGUGACCUGUGAGUGGGACUCCUUCAGAGAUGAUGGCCUACUGUAUAAGAAGCGCUUGGAAGACCAGGGGGUCCCUGUGACCUGGUACCACGCAGAAGAUGGUUUCCAUGGGUGCUUAGCAUUAUUUUCUACAAUUCUUUUCCAUUUCCCCUGUUGUGAGAAAAUUAUGUCUGCCAUAGUCAAAUACUUAAGGGAUAUAUGA